AUGAUUCCUUUACAAAGGCAUGCGGCAUGCAGCGCCGCUCGCUGGCGCACCUCAGCUUUUGGCUCCGCCACCCUAAGUUCACGGCGUCUCACGACCUUGUCCUCCACCGCUGCUGCCAUCGCGCGCAAGUCGUCAGUAACUCCGUUCCCUUCCACCAGGAUACCCUCCUCCAUCGAUAUAAGCAAAGUCAUUCCCACACCAACGGCUUCAGCCCAUACUCGCUUUUUGUUCACUUCGACGCCGCAGUAUCUGCCAAGGAUGAAGAAGCUCGAAAAGUUGCUCAAAGACGGCGAGCAGAUCGACGAAGAAGAGCACGACGGGCACAAAGAGCACGAGAGUCGACGCGAGCCAGGCGCGUUUGAAGCAAAAUCCGAGUCUUCUGGCUCGUCUUCUUCCACGGGCAGAUCGGCUACUGGUGGCACACCAGCUUCUGGCGCCGGCGCCGGCUCAGGUUCUGGCUCCGGUGCAAGUGGCUCCGGCUCUGGCUCUGGCUCUGGCUCUGGCUCUGGCUCUGGCUCUGGCUCUGGCUCUGGGUCAGGAAACAACUCAAUCACUCGUUCUACGGUGCCAUCCGUGUAUCCCCAAGUGCUUGCACUUCCCAUCACCCGACGUCCACUCUUCCCCGGUUUCUACAAAGCCGUCGUUAUCAAGAAUCGGGCCGUAUGCGCUGCCAUAAAAGAAUCGCUCAAGCGAGGCCAGCCAUACAUUGGUGCCUUCUUGCUUAAGGACGAGGAGGAGGAUGCUGAUGUCAUCACUGACCUCAGCAAAGUUCAUAAGGUUGGUGUCUUUGCCCAGGUCACUAGCGUCUUUCCUGUCCAGGGCGGUGGCCAAACAGGAAGCAGUAAGAAGGGCAAGGAUGGAGAGGAAAAGUCCGAAGAUGAAGAGGGUAUCACCGCCGUCCUCUAUCCGCAUCGCCGCAUUCGCAUCGACGAACUCAUCACCCCCACAGGUGAAACUAUUCCUUCGCCCCCACCAGGCUCUGAGGGCGCCGGUCCUGCCAACCCCAUAAGCGAUGAGGCGGCCAAUGAAGCCGUCAAAGCUGCUUCCAUCGCCAGGGUCGACGAUAUUCAGCAAGAGGCUCGAGACGAUGGGAUUCUACCUGAAGUCAACGAUGCCUCUGCAGCUCAUCUGCAGCAAAAUGCACCGCCUUCGCCUCCUGCAGCUGUCGACGGAGAAUCUGUCGCUAACUCUGACGGCACAGCUAUCGAAGGUCAAGACAUGCCCUCUCACUCUGCGCCUUUCCAGACAUCGUUCCUUCAGGACUACGCGGUCUCGCUCGUCAACGUCACCAACCUUGCUGCCGCUCCCCACGACAAGCGCAACGACCAGUACAUCCGUGCCGUCAUGUCCGAGUUGAUCAGUGUUUUCAAGGACAUUGCUCAGCUUAAUCCGCUCUUCCGCGACCAGAUUGCCAACUUUUCAAUCUCGCAGGGCGCAGGCAACGUGUUCGAGGAACCCGAGAAGCUUGCCGAUUUUGCUGCUGCUGUCUCGACCGGCGAAGUGGGCGAGCUGCAGGCCGUACUCGAGGCUCUCGACAUUCGUGAACGCCUUCAAAAGGCCCUCGUCGUGCUCAAGAAGGAGCUCAUGAAUGCUCAGCUGCAGAGCAAGAUCAGCAAAGAUGUCGAGUCCAAGAUCCAGAAGCGACAGCGCGAGUACUACCUCAUGGAACAGCUCAAGGGCAUCAAGAAGGAGCUCGGCAUCGAGAGCGACGGUAAGGACAAGAUGGUCGAAAAAUUCCGCGAAAAGGCUGCCCAACUCAACAUGCCUGAAGCCGUCCGCAAAGUGUUCGAUGAGGAACUCAAUAAGCUUCAGACUCUCGAGCCUGCCGCAAGCGAAUUCAAUGUCACUCGCGGCUAUCUCGACUGGCUCACCAGCAUUCCGUGGGGCGUCCACUCGCCUGAGAACUAUUCAAUCUCUAACGCGACUGGUGUUCUUGACGAAGAUCACUACGGACUUUCCGACGUCAAGGAUCGCAUCCUCGAGUUCCUAGCCGUUGGUAAGCUCAAGGGCACUGUAGAAGGCAAGAUCAUCUGCCUUGUCGGACCUCCUGGUGUCGGAAAGACUUCGAUCGGCAAGUCGAUCGCACGUGCCGUCGAGCGUCAAUUCUUCCGCUUCAGCGUUGGAGGUCUCAGCGACGUAGCCGAAAUCAAGGGCCACCGAAGGACCUACGUUGGUGCCAUGCCAGGUAAGGCCAUCCAGGCGCUCAAGAAGGUUGGCACCGAGAACCCGCUCAUCCUCAUCGAUGAGGUUGACAAGAUCGGACGAGGUCACAACGGUGAUCCCUCUUCGGCUCUGCUUGAAAUGCUCGACCCCGAACAGAACGGCUCGUUCCUGGAUCAUUACAUGGAUGUUCCCGUUGAUCUCUCGCGAGUCUUGUUCGUUUGCACCGCCAACACGCUCGAGACCAUCCCACAGCCUUUGCUGGACCGUAUGGAGGUCAUGGAGGUGUCGUCAUACACAGCUGACGAGAAGCGACACAUUGCGCGCGGCUACUUGGCUCCUCAAGCCAAGGAGGCUUCUGGCCUGCAGGAUGCCAACAUUGAACUUCCAGACGAGACGAUUGAUUUCCUCAUCAAGCAUCACGCUCGAGAGAGUGGUGUGCGUGGUCUUCGAAAGCUGCUCGAAAAGGUCUAUCGCAAGAUUGCAUUCGACAUUGUCAAGCAGCACGGCGAGUCGGUGUUCCCGGAGCCCAAGGAGGGCGAGCUGGCCAGCGCCAAGAAGGAUGCUGUUCCCAGUUCGCACGCCGCUGCAGGCUCUGCCGACAGCACCGCCCAGUCAGUGACCCCACCUCAUGUUGACAGUCAGCCGGCGGAGGGCAGCGAGACGCUAUCGCCAUUCACUGAGCCAUCAGCCUCUUCGGGUGAGGCAACACCAGACAGUCAGCCCAAGCAGGACGGAAAAUUGCCUGGCAAGGAAGCCGCUGGCGAGGCGCCUGCUAAGGUGACAACGGAGAAGCGUCAACCCAUGGCGGUGCCCAAGGACGUAAAGGUGGUGAUCACCAUCGACAGCCUGCGCAAGUAUCUCGGACCUCCCGUCUACCACAAAGACCGUCUGUACACUAGCGCCAUGCCUGCUGGUGUGUCGACGGGACUCGGCUACCUUGGCAACGGUUCCGGCUCGCUGAUGCCUAUCGAGACAACCAUCAUGCCAGGCAAGGGUGGCUUACAAUUGACGGGUAAGCUGGGUGACGUGAUCAAGGAGUCAGCUUCCAUUGCUCUCUCUUGGAUGAAGACCAACGCGUUUGACCUUGGCAUUGUCAAGGAUGCCAACGACAAUUUGCUCGACAACAAGGAUGUGCAUCUGCACAUGCCUGAGGGUGCGAUUGGCAAAGAAGGACCCUCUGCCGGUGUUGCCUUUACUGUUUCACUCACAUCACUGUUGACCAACCGACCGGUAGCGCCAACGCUGGCCAUGACGGGAGAAGUGUCGCUUCGUGGAAUGGUGUUGCCUGUGGGCGGAUUGAAGGAGAAGUUGCUUGCUGCUCACCGUGCUGGUAUCACCAAGGUGAUCUUGCCCGCCCAGAACCAGCCCAACGUCGAAGCUGAUGUACCGAAGGCGGUGCUCGAUGACCUCGAGGUUCAUUACGUGAACAACGUCUGGAGCGCUCUCAACCACGCAUUCGGCCAAGGUCCUUGGUCGUCCAAGGCGAAGGAGAUGGAGGAAAUGGAAAGUCAAGAGUUGAUCGCGCAAUCUUCACCCCGAAAGGAGAAGAUCAAGGAGGACGAUGGUGCUAGCCAGGAUCAACCAGUCAACUAG